AUGAGUCUCAUGGUCGGUCGCUGGCUUCGCAGCCUCACGUCCAAGAAGGCCGAGCAAGAUCCAUCAUGCGCCAUCCUUCAGCUCCCUGUCGAGAUGAUCCUGCUCAUCUUUGAGCAACUUCCACAAUACCAGCGUAUUUUACUGGCACAAACCUGCUCUUCACUGCGGGCAAUCUUCAUAGACAACUACAAGGCGCGCGAGGAUGGCGGGCAGCCUCUCUCAUCCGGCCAGCUGGGCGUUGAUCAGCGCUCACGGUUCCUUUUUACCAUGGCCUACAGUCAACCCAAUCUCUUGGCCUGCCACCAGUGUAUGAAACUCCAUACAAUUGACCAAGAGGAUACUCCAUCUUCUUGGUGGCAAUUCUCAUGCCGUCACGAGGAAGGGUCCCCAAUGGACAUCGUUCGCUGGAGCGAAGAAUACGUUACCUUGCCACAAGCUCUUCGAUAUCAGGCACGACGAGACUGCUGCCGUGCUUGGGGUCCCGUGGCUCGCGGGCUGCGUGUUGAAAUCGCCAUCAACGAUGCUUUCGAGACUGGAGAGGAGAUGGUUGGCUCCUGUUACGGGUGCGAGACAGACUUUGCUGUCCAGGCCUCCUCUGAGACAACCGUCGUCCGCGCAUGGUCGAAUCUCGGGUCGGAAACGACCUUUGUGGAUAACCAAUCUUGGCAGAGUAUGGCAAAGUUCGGAGAGAGUUCCCGUGGCUCUCAUUCCCGGCCUGGAUGCGUCAGGCAAUUGUACGAGCAAGGCGCCAUCUCAGGGCACUUGUCGGAAGAAUGA